UCCAUGAUGACAAGAACAGGGUAUAUGGAGUACAAUCCCAUGAAGAAUCGAGGGAAACUACCAGAAAUUUAUGCACGUGUCAUUGGUCAGUACAUUGGUGAUACAGUUUUCUUACAGGACAUCAACGAAAAUCAAAUCCAAGUAGUUGUACUCAAAAAGAACAAUUCAGAAAUUUAUUUAACUCAUGGUUGGUCUCGAUUAAGAGAUUUCUAUAACAUCAAUGAUGGUGCUUGGAUUACUCUUUUGUUGAUCAGUCCUUUUGUUUUUUUCAUCCGGGUUCGAUACAUUACUGUCAUGGAGAUCACCUAUCCUCAUAAAACUCCUCCAUAUAAGCUAAUGUUGGAAAAACCUUUCCUUGAAGCAACUUCAAAUGGACCUAUUCCCUACUUUGUUCUCCCAAAAGUUUUUUCACACAGUCUUGAGAAAACUCUCACUAUUCCUGAUGUCCAAACUGGGACUUUGACGCUCUAUUGGAGAGGUUUCUGUCAAAAUGCAUUACCUAAUGAGGAGACUCAACUCAGAUUAAUUGACUGGCUUGACAAUACAUGGAAUCACUGUGAUCUCAAGUUUGUCAAUAGUCCUUAUAUCAGCUGUAAGAUUUCAGGCCAAUGGGGUGAUGUUUGCAAGGUGCAUAAUUUGGCUAAGGAUGUAAUUGUUAAAUUUGGCGUCACCGAGGCAUCCAACAAUAGGACCAUCUACUUUAAGCUCGCUCCUUUCAUUGGUGUUAGAACUACCUUACAUGCUCCUUCAACAUCCAGCAACCGGAAGAAAUUCUACCAGAGCCAGCACUAUUACAUGCUCUAGAUUUCCUACUACCUAUCUUUUGGAACUUUUUAUGUAAUAUGUGGAACAAAAUUGAAUUUGUCUGCUUUUUGAGGUUCUUCAUCUUGCUUAGAGUGUAACUCUCUAACAAAGACAUGCUCUUUUAAAUGCCAUUUUGGACUAUUUUAGUUA